CUCGUUUCUUGAGAAUAAGGAGGAGUUCGUCAAAUCUACCAUUGGAAGGGGUGUUUCACUUUCUUAUCGAGUUCUCCAAAUCGUCAGCAUCUUCAGCCCUGACUAGACACACAGCACGUACUCGUCAUGAAACGUUUCAAGGGUCAUUCUUGGAAAAUAUUAGCCGCCACUAAUUGCGAUCCUACUAACCCGCUAACGCGGAUUUUACUGGGUUUAACAUACUACAGGCUCUCUCUGACUUGGCGGCUAUCCACGCUCGCGCAAUGACGGCCCCAACUCGAGGUAACCGUCACCAAGAAGAGACGUCUUGCAUCAAACUGUCUUGGGCCAGCCAUCAGCAUCAGCAUCAGCUUGCGGGAGGAUUGUGCUUUGCCUUGCUUUGCUCCGCUCAUCCCCGGCCUACCCAUUCCCGGCACAGACACAGUUCCUGCUCUCUAGGCCUAUCAACAUUCAACGCCAGCAUCGCAUCGCAUCGCAUCGCCAUCGACAUCGCCGUUGCGGCUGCAAGGAAUGCUCGGACUCACUCACGCUGGCACGUAUCCGCAUUGGUGCAAUACUGACAUGGCGGCUGAACGGGCCUUACCGUCCUGUUGCGUGGCGUUAAGCUCACUCACCCGGUGGUGUGCCUUGGACUAACAUUAGCGGCCAUGGACAUGGCCGCCAAUGACUGAAGACAAUGCCAAUAUGACUUCUCUCAACGAUGCAUGCCCGUUGUCAAUUCGAAAAUGUCUGAUAGUUACUCGGAUUCGAGUGCAUACCGACCUGGGACAGAGCCUAUGAGAUAAAUUCCACCUCACUUAGCAGCUACAGCCCCCAAGUCAUCAAUCUCCCAUCUUCCGUCUCGGCCACCAGAUUGGAAUUGGCAUUGUUACUACAUUGAGGUACCCUUCAACUUGACGGCUCCGUCCCGGCUCACACACCAUCUUAUCCCAAGGGUGACAGGGCGAGGCCGCCAGGGUCAGGUCUGGAGUCCCAUACUGCUGCAGGUCGUCCUGAAGAGUAAUAGAUGGGAUCAGCGCAGCGCUCCACUUCUACCGAUGCCUCUUCAGGUUGGGGUACGUACUUGCGGCUCUGCUCGACCAACUCAGGGAGUGCCCAAUGCCCGCGUCGGCGGGACCCUCCAGAUAGGCUGGCGAGACCUUCUGGCCAUACAAGUCUUGGGGCCCUUUAUAAUCUAUUAAGAUGCCCACCCUCACCCUCCACCAUGGCGACUCCUCUCUAUUGUGCUCAACAGUCCGAGCAAUCCUUUUCUGGCCGGCACUUUGUGGAUUUCGUCUUUUUCCAUUCCUACUCACACCAAGCCACCCACUCGCCUUGGUUCCCCGAGCUUGCGCUGCAGGUGACUUACACGUCCAACGUCUUGCGUUGCCGACUCGCGCAUCUUGCACUCAUGAUAUACAUGCCCAUUCACCGUUUCAGAGCUGAUAGUUCUUAACUUCGGCGCUAGAACUUGAACAGUUCAGUGGCACUUUCUCCUCCAGGUUUUCUUCGAUCUGAAAGCUUUGACAUACCGUGCUCUUGUUCUUCUUUUCUUUCGCCACAAGGAGCCUUACUUAUAGUACCUCUCUAAAGAAGGGGAGCUGCUAACACCAUGACUUUCCAAUCACCCUAUGAGAGGACCAACGGAGCUAGAUGUUCAUCUAACACACGUUAUUUCUCCUAUCCCAGCCCUGACUCAAUCAAUCACCAAGACUUCGCCUGCCAAAUUGAUCCCCUUCUUCAACAUACGGCACCCUAUUCCAGCCACGAAGGUACCUACUAUGGCACCAACAGCAUGCAGAGGUAUCUGCAGGAGCCUCAGAGCAGCUACUUCAUCGCAUCAUCAAACAUUGAUAUCCCAGGCACUCGAUGUACCGGAAUUUACCCUGGUAUGAGUUGUCCUCCUCAUCAAAGUUCACAAGUCCGUCAGGGCUCUCCAAUGUCCUAUCAACCAUCAUCAGCUGCGAGUGGACCACAAAGUCCCAAUUGGACAGAUAAUGAUGCACAUGUCAGCACUCUAGGCCCUUCUACGCCGUCCGAUGUUGCAGUCUUGUCCCCGAACAUUGUUGGUUCAGGCUCUCUAUCACCUAGUGUCUCCCUUUACGGAUUAUCAAGUGUACCACAAGGAUGUGUGAACCCGGCUGUCAUUGAACCUAGUCAAACCGUUUCUGGAAUCAAAGAGGAGCAAGAGAUUAAUGCUUUCACCCUCGACAUGAAUGCAGAUUUUGACGGCGCCACUCCCAAUUCCAUCUACCAAGGCGACAGCUCGAGUUCUCCAUCGACUUUCGACCCUUCAUCUUCAGAAUUAUAUCCUCAAGCCGAUACGAAGACGGCCUACCCUGAUCCCGACAACAUGGAUCUGGACGUAAAUUUCGAAAACGAAGCUGAGACUAUCGAUGGCGACGAUGGUGACGAUGAAUACAGACCCAACUGUAGAACCAAGUCAUCUCGAAAUGCCAAAGGUGGCAGUCGACGUGGCCGCACCAGACGACUAAGUUCCACUACCAGUGCUAGCAGAGGAAAGGUUACCAAAUCACGGACUGUUACCCACGGUACUACAGCGCGGAAACUACUCUCCUCGUGUGAAAGCAUAUUGUGCAUAUACUGCCAGAGAGUGUUCAACGACGACGUAUCAUUACAGAAACAUAUCAAUGCCAUGCAUACUCGCCCUUUCAUCUGCGUCUUCCAUUUUGCGGGCUGUAACCACGCCUUUGCAAACAAAAACGAAUGGAAAAGGCAUGUUUCGGCGCAGCAUUUGAACCUACACUACUGGCUUUGUACAACUGGUGCCUGCGGAUAUUCUUCAACCCCAUUGAAAUGUGGUUUGGGUACCGCUACGCAUUGCAGGGUCUUUAAAAGAAAAGACCUCUAUACACAACACAUACGCCGGAUGCACGCACCUGAAGAGGUUGCCAAGGCUGACAAGAAAAACAAGACCUUCCCCCCUGACUGGUUAGCCCAGGAGAAGAAGUUACAGGAGGAAGCGUUCCGGCAGCGUUGCAAAUUGCCAGACUACAUGCAUUGCCCAGCUAAGGGCUGCACAAAAGUCUUCAAUAACGGCCAUAAGACUUGGGAUGACCGAAUGGAGCAUGUCGCUGUUCAUCUUGAGCGUGCUGCCAAGAAUGAGGAGCCACAUGUCGUUUUCGGGGGUACAAACGACGAGGCUCUCACGGAAUGGGCUUCUCACCCCAACGUCCGUGUCAUUGCGUCCACUAGCGGAGGGUGGGAGACAUGUCAACCGCUUAAGGCGGCUAAGACCGAGUUAUCAAGGCUAACCAGCGUUCAUGACGAGGGCCUGGAUGAGGACGCAGAAGGUGAAGAAUGCUAGAAGUCAUGCGAUUGGCUUCAUACAAUCACUGCAUCAUUUCUCAAUCUUUGUGAAUUUUGCAUUUCACGAACUGGUGUCGCAACUGCGUUUUGGGAUAUCUGCAAAUUGGGGUCGUAAUGAUGAAGAGCUGCGAACAACGUAUUGGGUAUUUAAGGUUUUCUCUUGGCGUUUCUUCAAUUAUUAUACCACCGUCGUAUAUGUACAGGUUCCUAACUAUGAUGAUUUUUUAUAUCGGACUGGGUUUGUGUUCUGUCUUACACAGGCAAUGGAUACGAGGAGGAAAUGAAUGCAAGAAUUAACAGGAGUUUGUUGAUCCCAUUGUCGUAACAUUGACCACUUCAGAUGGAAAUCAAAGCCUCGCCGCAUGUAUAUGUAUGCUCAUUUCCCGAUUGCAAAGAGUAUCCUACUUUGUCAAAGCUACGGAGGCCUUACCGUAGCUCGGCUUUUUGGGAUAUCCCCUGUACUGGUAA